CCCGCGGCCACUCCCCCACCCGCCCUGUGAAGACAGGAGGACUCCCGUCCUGACACCGGUUGCUCCUCACACCGGACACCUCGUCCGCUAAAGGGGGGGGCGAACAUCAGAGGAAGAUCCCAGUGAGAGACUGUCAACAUGGGGGCUGUGGUGUCACGGUGGAGGGCUAAGCCGUCUACUGUUGAUGUUUUGGAAGGAAUUGAUAAGGAUAUACAGAUUCUUGAAGACUAUAGUGAAAAGUAUCAACGGCAGUUGAAGCUAUGGGGCGGACGGCUGCUGCUUUACUCGUCUCUCCUCUACCUGAUCACCUGCCUGGUCGUGUAUUUCUGGUACCUGCCUGAACAGUUGAUGGGGCGGCUCAUACUUUCUCUCCCUUUCAUAGUAUUUCCAUUGUUAGUGUGGCUGCUUCGGAAAUUGCUUGUUUUUAUUUUUUCACGCAGAACUGAAAAAAAUAAUGAAAAAUUAGAAGAUCUUAAAGCACAAAAAAGAAAAAUACUUGAAGAAGUCAUGGAGACUGAGACCUAUAAAAACGCCAAGAUGAUUCUAGAGAGAUUUGAUCCUGAUUCCAGGAGGAGAAUUGAACUUGAAUCCAAUCAGGGACCUCAAAUGUCUCCAAAACCAGGACAAGAGCUCCGCCAGCGCAAUGUCAUCCCGAAGACCCCCCCAGUGGUGGUGAAUCCUGCGAGCGGUGCUGCCGCCGCCCGCCCUCCUCUUGCCUCUGGGCCCACCUAUCCUGGACGUUCUUCCCACUCUGCUCCAGGUGGACCCCCAGAGAGGAACCUGUCAGCCAUGGCUGCUCAGCAGAGCUUGAUGAGGAAACCUGUGACCCUUGGAACACCUGUUCCAGGAGUCGCAGGGAUGCACCCCCCAGGCCCGCCGCUGGCCAGACCGGUGUUCCCCAGGGAGAGGGGUGCUGUGGACAGAGUCAUCGAGUAUCUCGUCGGCGACGGCCCUCAAAACAGAUACGCUCUCGUAUGUCAGCAGUGUCUGUCUCAUAACGGCAUGGCAUUAAAAGAAGAAUUUGAAUACAUCGCCUUCCGCUGUGCGUAUUGUUAUUUCCUGAACCCCGCGAGGAAGACCAGGCCUCUGGCCCCCCGACUCCCCGAGGUCACGGGUGAACCGAGGAUGCUGCCCGAGGCCCCCGCUCCUCCUCCUGCUCCUGAAGUGAACGGCGACAAGGAUCUCAACGGAAACACUACCCUGGACGAUCUUGCUGGAGGUGAAACCCCAGAGCCGGGCACACCAGCGUCCACAGAGCCCAGUUCUCCAUCAGACAGCCAAAACACGCCGGAGUCGCUCGACCUGGGCUCGGAGAAAUCGGACGGCGAGCACGAUGUGUCUGCCAUGGAGGUGAAUUAGAGCAAAGGAACAACAGUUUCAACACAAGUCGGGCUGGAUUUUUUUUAUUCCUCCGUUCUUGAUGAAACAUAAUGAAACUAUCAGCUGAUAAGUAAAUGCCGUAAGUUAAAUUGCACCAGAGCAGCGCGGCUGUUAAUGCGAUCGUCAACUUACAGAUUGCCCUUUUCUUUUGAGAAUUGCUUUUUAGAGUUGUAGCAAUAGUUAAGAGCUGAAUAUGACUUUGUAUAUGGUAGCAACAGCCAAACAGUCCAUUUUUCUUCUUUGUUUGAUCGCAUGUCCGUAACAGAUCUGUUAAAAGAUGAAACACACUUUUGUCUUUGUUGGUGUUUGAGAAAAUGUCUUUAUCCGUGUUGUUUUUCUCCCUCGUAUUUUACUUGUUUUUGGCUGGAUUUCUGAGGUCAGUAGAUGGGUUGAUGAGCACCUGCAGGAAAAAAAAAUGUUUCGCAUGGAUGUUUUUAUUUAUGGGGAAAUUAUUUAUAAAUAUUUUUCUAUAAUGCUGCGUCUUUCUUGACAUUGAUAACGGGGUUCCUCUGCAGCACGGAGGGGCUAACAUGUUUACAAAUCCGCGUUACCAUAAUAGUAAUAAACAUGUAUUUAUUACGAAGAGGAAAGCCGUUUCGUGCCUUAAGUGCCUUUUAUACUUUAAGUCUGUGCUUCACAGUAUUUUCAAUAAAAUCUAUUAAUGCAUAGGAAAUGAAAUAAAAUGGCUGUUUACAGUCUUAAAUGACGAUGUUUGCCGAAUGUAUAAAUCUUGUACUGUAUAAACAAUAUUAAAACCUUUGAG